GACUGAAUAGGUUAUAUUGGAGUAUAGUGUUUAUGAUAUCAAUUUUACCAAUUUUAGCAGCAGCAAUUUAUGGAAAUAAAUAUUAUUUUUGGAGUAGUAUAAUUUUAUUUAAAACAAUAUUGUUAGUGGGAUUUAUAAUAUUCUUUUGGAUACAUUUUCUUAAAUGUUGUGUUAUAAUAUUUUUGAAAUUAUUAAGUGGAACUAGUAAAUCUCUAUCACCGAUAGCAAAUUAUUUGAAUCAAUCAAAAGUAAUAGGACCAAUAAUAUCAUGGUAUAUUAGAGCAGUAUUCUUUUUUUGGUUUUUAGUAUUAUUGAUAAGUGAUGUAUUGAUAAGGACGAUUUUAUCCAGAGCAAGCGGUAUUCAUGAAGGGACGGGUUUUCAUUAUACUCCUAUUAAUGCUUCUGAUACAGAUUUUCAACCAUUAGGAUUAUUUGAAAAAGAUGAGGAAGUAGAAGAGAAAAAGAAAUUAUAUGGUGAUGAUUUUCCGGAAUAUAAUAAGAAAUUAGCAUUGUCAUUAGCUAUUGCAUCUAAAAUUGCUUAUGAGGACGUUCCAAUUAUUAAAUACGAAUUAGAAAAAGCUGGCUAUGAUAUGAACUCAUUUAAACCCAUAGCUUAUAAGAAUGUUUGUGGAUACAUAGUUGAAAAAGAUGACAAUAUUAUUUUAGUAUUUAGAGGUACGAACCCCUUUAAUAUACAAAAUUGUUUAACUGACAUAAGAGCUCUCCUUUGUAAUAUUGAAUCAUCUAGUCGAGGUCUAAUUGGAUUAGUACAUGAAGGAUUUUUUGAAGCGAUCGGAGAAGAUUCAUCAAUGGAUGAAUUACCUCGUUCUCAAUCACAAACUAUUAUAGAAUUAUCAAAUACUUCUUUGGUUAAAACCAUUGAAACUAUAUUUAGCGCAUUGAAAACAUUGGUAUUCUUUGCAUUUCAAAGUUUGAUCACUCAUGUACAUGAUCCCGUUGAUCAUAGAUAUUUAGGUGAAGAUGCGAGAUUCGUUAGUGCGUAUAGUCAGGCUGCAAGAUGGAUAUCCAAAUUAUGUAAUAAUGAUUCAGAAAAUGGAAAUGAAGGUCUGAAUAAUAUUAGACAACAAAAAUCAAAAAAACAUUUAUACAUCACGGGACACAGUUUGGGUGGUGGAUUGGCUACUGUCUUCUUGGCUAAAUUAUUAAAAGAUGAUAGUCCAUUACUUGAUAUCUUUGCUGGUAUAUAUACCUAUGGUCAGCCGAAUGUAGGAGAUAUAAAUUUUGCAAAAGCAUUUGGCCCUGAACUCGGAAAGAAAAUGUUUCAUCACGCUUACAAUAACGAUGUGGUUCCAAGGAUUCCAAGGUGGCAUCCUUAUUCAAGUCCGCCUGGAAAUUUGGUGUUUAUUGACGCAUCAUUUUCAAUAUAUUUGUAUCCUCCUGAUCCUGUUACGAAUAUUCCUAUCCCUAUACGUAGAAUUUCUUAUUUACAUCUUUCUGGUCUCCUAAAUCUUCAAGUAAUCAGAAGAAUGAGAAAUGAAUAUUGGCUUAGGAUUUUCUACAGAAUAAUAUUUCCAUUUUUCAUUAAUGAUCAUUUCCCUGGUGAUUAUGUACGUGCCAUUCGUGAAGGUACUAUUGAACGUGUUAUUGUUGGUUCACCAGGUCAAAUUGGUGGUUUAGAAAAAACAAAAAAUUAAAAAAAAAUCAUA